CUCUCACACGAGUCGCUUCUCCCCGUUAAUCAGCGACCGCCGCCGGGUCUCCGCUCGCUCCACGUGACCGGGACGAGGCGCAUCCGGGGCAGAAGAAGGACCAGCGGGUCGGCCGGAUGCGAGGGGACACUUCGGGGGGGGGGGGGGGACCACCCGGCUCAUCUCACGGCCUCGCAGCGCACGUCAUGUGCGGGCAGACGCCCCCCCGCCCCCACCGCGGGUUUACGCUUUAGGUGACCGACCUCCACAUGUCCCGCCUCCCUUCAGGGGGGGGGUGUCGGGGAGACAGACACGCGCACCUCACUGACCUCCACCUGCGGACCGACAUGGACAAACUCACCGUGAUAUCCGGGUGCCUCUUCCUCGCUGCGGACAUCUUUGCCAUCGCCAGCAUCGCCAACCCGGACUGGAUCAGCACGGGGGGGUCAGCUGGCUCCCUCACGGUGGGCCUGAUCCGCCAGUGCCAGACCAUCCACGGCCGGGAGCGGACCUGCGCCCCCCCGCAGCUUCCCCCGGAGUGGAUCACGGCGCUCCUCUUCAUCGUCCUGGGCAUCGUCUCCCUCACCGUCACCUGCGGCCUGCUGGUGAUGUCCCGCUGGCGCCGCGAGGCCGCCCGCUUGGCCCGCUGGAUCGCCUUCGCGGCGAUGGUCCUCUUCUGCACGGCUGCUCUCAUAUUCCCGAUGGGCUUCUACGUCAAAGAGGUCGGAGGUCAGCCGUACAAGCUGCCCAACAACACGGCGGUGGGCUCCUCCUACGUCCUCUUCGUCCUCUCCAUCUUCUUCACCAUCGUCGGGCUGCUGUUCGCCGGGAAGGUGUGCCUGCCCGGCUGACCUGCUCCUCGUCUUCCGCCUUUGUUUUUGUUAGAGCGGACAAGAGUUGUCCAUCACGAGGAGGAGCUUUGAAAGGGCCUCCGUCCUCCUCCACCAGGUGGAAACACAAAGGAGAAUAGUCCACUUUAUAUACAUAUAUAUACAUAUACAAGCAUCGGGAGUUUGAUGGAGCCGUGUGGUUUGAUCCUUCUUGAGAUCUAAUGACAGAUCAGCUGCACACUGACGGAUGUGUUGGAUAUGGUGCAGUUACCUCCACCUGGAUGGAGGCUCACAGUGUGCAACACAUCCAACAAACACAUUUUAUUUAUUUGUUUAACGGUUAGUCUUUUUCUCUUAUUGGAAGGCCCAAUGCAUCCCAGUUGUUAAUACACGGAGGAGGAACGCUUUGCCUUAAAUGAGCCGUUAACCCAAAAGGAAGAAGGACGCCGUUGAGUCGCUGAGACGCUUUGGAUCAGCUCGGAGAUUCUGGACUGUGGGUCCAGAUGUGUUGCAGGACGACGAGCUGCUCGCAAACGCGUUGUGUUUAAACCUUGUUAACUUUUACAGAUAACGGAUGCUCCCUUCACAGCUUCCUGUUGUCAAACACUGAAUCUCUUUCUCUUUAAUAUAUUUGAUGCUGUAUGAAUGAACGGUUGCGGCCUUUUCUAGAAGUUCUUGUAAGACGAUGGAAGAUCUCCGCUCAAUAAAAGUGACUCAUUGGAGCCCUGAUUGUCUCAUCAAUCAUCAAAACAUUUCCUUUUAGAAGAACACGGGACUGUAAUUGUUUGCAACCUGCCGCCGUUUGGAGUGAGAGAAGCCAGCUGAGGUCAUCUGGGAGCCGCUAAGAAGGUUGAGUUCUUUCCAUAAUUCAAAGGGGCUGAACAUUAAAGCCUCAUUUGUCAUAAAGAUUAUUUCACAGCUCAUGUAAGAAAAUCAAUUAUCUCAAGAUAAAAGCUUUAAAAACAAA